CUUACUUCCGGAUAGACAGACAGAUACUGGUCUUAUUGACAUUUUUUGUUUUUAGCGUUAAUUCCUUUUGUCGUGUAUUUCAGUGGUUAUGAACUCGCUUGUAGGAUACGUUGUCUCGUCUGAGUCAGAAGACGAGGAAAGGGGAGAGGAGAGUCGGAAGGAGUCCUUCAAAAAGGCAGAUGAUGCUGUGGAGGAAAAGAAAAGCCGUAAUUUCCUAUUGGAGUCCGAAUCACCUUCCAGUGAGUCUGAAUCUGGUCCAGAGAAUGAGGAUGAAGGCGAGGAGAUUGCCCACUCCUCUCCUGAACCCUUGCUGACCCCUUCCGUCCGCCCUCACACUCACAAGCUCCCGCCUCCGCCUCUGGGAGGCUCUGGCUCAGGUGGAGAUCACAUAGGCAGCAGUGUGUUUGCUAACCCAUUCAAAGACAUGGCAGAUGAGAGGCUGAAUGUCCUGCAGAAACACGUACCUCUUACUCUACAAGCUCACCCCACCCAGAUCGGUGGUAAACGGAUAUGUGUGGCAUACAGAAAGAAUGGCCGUUGCCGCUUUGGAAGCAGCUGCAAGUUUGCACAUGACAGUGAUUUGCAGAGUAACCGGGUGGUGACCUCUGACACUGAACCAAAAGACAAUGCCACUGCCGGUGUUGCUGGGACACAAGAUGACUCACUGGCUUCUUGUGAUGUUGACAAGGAGACAGGUGACGAUAAAAACAGUGAACAACGAAAAAAGAGGAGAGUGGGGGUCAAUGAUUCUCUCAUUCCACCGAAACGAGCCCUCAAGCUGUACGCCAGGCUCUCGCAUCCCUAA